AUGGACCACCAACCCCUCUUCAUCUACCUUUUUCUCUUGCUUUCUGUUACAAUAUCUACUGCAGGGGCUUAUGUAGAUGCUGAUCGCUCCAUCAAACUUUUUGUGUUUGGGGGCUCGUAUGUUGAUACCGGGAAUAGGGAUUCCAGAGCUAGGUCAUGGAAAGAACCGUAUGGAAUUACUGAUCCUGGUAGACCUGCUGGUCACUUCUCUGACGGCCAAGUCUUCACUGAAUACAUAGCUUCACGGAUGGGCAUAAAGUCUCCUACACCAUAUAGAUUUAGAAAAAUAAGACCCAUAAAAUAUGGAAUGAAUUUUGCUUAUGGAGGGACAGGCGUCUUCGACACACUGGUUGCUGCGCCAAACAUGACAGAACAAAUCGAUUUGUUUGAACAACUCCUUCAAGAGAAAAUCUAUACCACAGAUAACCUUAAGUUCUCCACUGCUCUGGUAUCCGCUUCUGGCAUGGAUUAUCGCAUCUACCUUGCUAGACGUGGAAGUCUUCGGGGUUUUCCAGCCUUUAUUAUAUCUGUUGUUAACCAGCUUGGCUUGGAUGUACAACGUAUUCAUGAUUUGGGAGUGCCACAAGUAGCCGUUAUGGGAAUGCAGCCUCUUGGAUGUUUGCCUGAAUUUACAAGGGGAUACUCAUACGAGAAAUGUAAUGCAACAGGAAACUUCGCUGCACUGUAUCACAACCUAUUACUGGUAAAGAAGCUGAAGCCUGAAUCUAAAUUUGUGGUGCUUAAUAUGUACAAUGCAUUCAUGUCUGCAAUGAAGAAAUUUGAAAACGAAACAGAAACUUCAAAGUCGAAGAAUCCAUUGAGGCCAUGUUGCACAGGUAUAACAAGCGAAUACAGGUGUGGGGACGUAGAGAACAAGGAGAAGAAAUACAAUGUAUGCAUUGAUCCGAAGUUGGCAUUCUUUUGGGAUUGGUUUCGCCCUACACAAGCGGGCUGGGAUGCAAUUGUGUCAGAGCUAGGAUCUUCUAUCGUAAGCCUCUUCUAGAUUGCUCAAGAAUCAGUAAGAAUAAAUAUUAGUAUUGGUAUGGGUAUCAAUAAUAUGUUGGACUCGUGUUCCUCCAAUGUAAUGCAUAUCAGUAAAGAGCAUCAAUGUAUUGAUGUUGAUAAGGUUAUUGGCGGUAGGGUAACUCCUACAGUCCUACUCUUGUAGUAUGAUCAUCCCAAAUA